AUUUAAAAUAGACCAAUAUCCAACAAUAAAAAAUGUAAUUGAAUUAGUAUAAAGCCAAUAUAUAGUCACCUUUUAUUCCCUAGACUCCAAUUUUCUACCAAUUUUUGGCAAGGAAUUUACAUGUCUUAUCCUUGCACAUGCCAAAAUCCAAAUACUAUGACUCUUAUAUCUUUCUCGAUCUUUAGUAAAUAUUCAAGUAGAUUUAAGUUCAAAAAAAAAAAAAAAACCAAAACAGAAAAACAAAUUUUAUACAUGAAAUAAAAAUCUUUGUAAUAUAGUGUAAUAUAUCCCAAAAUGGUAAGAAAUAGACAUAAACUAAAAAAUAUUUAUAAGAAAUACAACCAAAAAAAAAAAAACCUUGAUCACACUAAAAAUACAAUACUCCCAACUUCCACUAAAUCAUAAGCCGUGCAUAGAUAUAAUUAAUCAUUUUGUAUUACCGCGUCUUAUUUCAGUCCUUCCAAAAUCCAAACAAUCCCUUCUUUCUCUCUCCUCCACUUUCUCUCUCUGAAACUUUCUUCUUCACUGCUGUUCAUUCUUCGAAUCCUUCAAAUUAUUCACUAAAUUCUCAAUCCCCCAAAAAACCCAGAAUUAUUCUGCUUUCUAAUCUUGCACACAAAGUACCCUUUUCUUCUCUAACCAAAAAUCUAACUCCUAAAUUCUCAUUUUUGGCUUUUAAUGGCGAAACGUGCUUACAAGCUCCAGGAAUUUGCGGCACACUCAGCAAAUGUGAAUUGUCUUAGGAUUGGGAAGAAAGCAUGUCGCCUUCUUCUGACGGGUGGAGAUGAUCACAAAGUUAACUUGUGGUCAAUUGGCAAACCAACUUCUUUGAUGAGCCUAUGUGGUCAUACCACUCCAGUAGAAAGCUUGUCCUUCGAUUCAACAGAAGUGUUGGUGCUUGGUGGAGCUUCUUCUGGUACAGUGAAGUUAUGGGAUCUAGAAGAGGCAAAGAUGGUUCGAACUCUUACUGGUCAUAGAUCCAAUUGCACUUCUGUUGAAUUCCACCCUUUUGGAGAAUUUUUUGCAUCUGGUUCAGCAGACACCGACCUAAAGAUCUGGGAUAUAAGAAAGAAAGGAUGUAUUCACACAUAUAAGGGCCACAAUCUCGGGAUCAAUGCUAUAAAGUUCACACCUGAUGGUCGAUGGGUUGUUUCUGGUGGAUCCGAUAAUGUUGUAAAGGUCUGGGAUUUGACUGCUGGAAAGUUGUUGCAUGAUUUCAAGUUUCAUGAUGGUUCCAUCACAUCCUUAGACUUCCACCCACUUGAGUUUCUUCUUGCCACAGGUUCAGCGGAUAGAACUGUCAAAUUCUGGGAUUUGGAAACUUUUGAAAUGAUUGGAUCUGCCAGGGCUGAGGCUGCAGGAGUGCUUGCUUUAACCUUUCAUCCUGAUGGGAGGACUCUCUUUUCUGGAUAUGACAAUAACCUGAAGGUUUAUUCAUGGGAGCCUGUAAUCUGUCAUGAUUCUGUUGAUAUGGGAUGGUCGACCCUUGGUGAUCUCUGUAUUCAUGAAGGAAAGGUCAUAGGUUGCUCUUACUAUCGGAACUCCGUUGGUGUUUGGGUGGCUGAUCUCUCACGUGUUCAGCCAUAUGGGAUUGCUGAUUCUGGCGCACCUCAUGAGAGAAACCCUGUUGAGUUUAAGGCUGAUAUGCGAGAAAGUCAGUCUCCCGAAGUAAUGUCAGCUGUUGGGUCCUCUUUCAGCUCUCGUUCCACGUCCCCAGAUAUUGACGCUAAAGAUAUUAAGAAUAUAUAUGUGGACUAUGAGAAGCCAGUCAGUUCUCGCAAAACACGCUUACGUAAUACAUCAAAAGCCAUGUCGUCUGACGUGAAGGAAACCACCAAGUUAUCAUCUAAAAAGCAAAGUACACCUAGUGCCACAUCAGGAAAAUCUAAUGUUCAAGCUGGUGGUAGAUCUUUUGUUACCCCAACCUUUGUUCCUAGAGACAGUUCAGGUGGAAAAAGUUUUUCCAAUUCUAGAAGAGAGUCAAUUACACCUGCAAAGCCUGGUAGUGGGGGGUCAAUUAAGGCUCUGCACGUAAGAAAGUCAUCUAGGAGCAAAUUUGAUGUUGAUGCUGGAGAUCCAAAUUUUCUAGAUAGGCAUGUUCUGGACAUGGGUGCUAGAGACAGCUCUGGUGGAAGAAGUUUUGCCAAUUCUAGAAGAGAGUCAAUGACACCUGCAAAGCCUGGACAGGCUACGCACAUAAAGAAGUCAUCCAGUAGCAAAUAUGAUAUUGAUAAUGCAGAUCCAACUUUUCUUGAUAGGCCCGUACUGGGAGUGGGAGCUAGGGAUUUAUGUGAAGACAGAAAUCCCACUCCUGAAAAUUUUGAAGAGCAGUUUGAAGAAAAUCCAUCUACUCCAAUAGAUAAUAACUUGCAGAGUGUAUCUGGUGAUUCAUUUGACCAUAAAGAGAUACAAAAUAUAAAAGUUGCAGAUGGAGAUGGGAAAUCUUAUCCUGGAAGUUGCGAAUUGCAAACGACUUUUAAUUAUGGGAAACCUAACUCAAGUCUUUGUUCUCAUUUAGCAGUGACAGUUUCUCUUGGAAGGACACGUUCUCUUGUUGAGAAAUUUGAAAAAAGGGGAAAAUAUUGCGGUGGUGAAGAUCAAACGAUCAGUGUAUCCCCUGAGGUCAUUUCUGAUAGGAUGAACAGCUCUGCCAUGCUAAAAGAAGAACCGCAAGUUUCUGGUAGAGAAUCAGCCUCAGAAAGUGAUGCAUAUUUUAUUGAAGAUCUUAUGCAGAAUCAUGAUGCUCUUCUGAAUGGUCUUCGUUCUCGCCUCAAAAAGUUACAGAUGGUGCGGCAUUUGUGGGAACGAAAUGACAUAAAAGGUGCCAUUACAUCAUUGAAGAAGUUACCCGAUCAUUCGGUCCAGGCUGAUGUGAUUAGUGUUUUCAUGGAGAGAAUGGAAAUUGUUACCAUGGACUUGUUCUUUUGUAUGCUACCUAUAUUGGUGGGUCUCCUGGACAGCAAGUUGGAAAGGCAUGCAAAAAUGUCUCUGGAAUUGUUGCUCAAACUUGUUGCCUUUUUGGGACCUACAAUUCGCUCAACCAUCUCAGCACCUCCUUCUGUGGGCGUUGAUCUUCAUCAAGAAGAAAGGAUUGCGUGCUGCAAACAGUGUUUUGUCCAGCUGCAGCAGAUACAAGGCCUUCUUCCUGCACUGUCCAGGAAGAGUGAAUCACUUGCCAGAUCAGCUUUGGAAUUGAAUCUAGUUCUUCAAGAUCACAGCAUAUAAUUCAUGCGAUGACUUUUUUGGAACAGUGAGGAAGGAUUAUGUUUCCUUGUCGCGAUGAGCCAGAGAUUUUGACGAUUCUAAACUCUAAAGUCCUGAUUUUUGCUUUUCUUCCAUCGCCUGUUAAUAUCUCGGGGUGGCCAAUCAUCAAGAAUCAGUGCCAUAAAUAAUCCAUUAGUUGUACCCUUGUAUCAUUCUCAGUCCAUCAAAAGGAUGCGCAAGCUUUUCAUUCAAUGCCAUUCUUUUCUAGAUGGGCGCUGCCCCUGUAGCUCUAGGCGCUAAUCAUUGUCAUGUAACUAUCUGUGCAUCUGAUGUAUGUGUCCUAUACUUCAUAUUCAAUGAAAAAAACGCCCAGGUUAUUCAUGCUGGGCCAUUCUUAAGA